UGGUCAAUAUGGGUUUAAUUUCUGUGAAAGCCAGAUGUUUAUAAUUGGAGGCGCCUAAUUCAAGUAGAAUUUGUUUUGCAGACAUGAAUUAUUGUUCCGGCGCUGUAGCCGGAGCUGCAGUUGGCUGUUUUACCGGCGGGUUACUGGUAGGGGGCGCUGCAGUGUUCAUGUUCCUACGUUUCAGGACGGCAAAGAAUGGCGGGGAAAAAGACGUUGGUAACUUCGCUGACAGACAGUAUGAGAACGUGCCACAUCCAAAUCAAAGGGUGACGUCACAACGACCCGGAAGCGGAAGUGACGAGUACGAAGUUCCCAUGGAAACCGUCCAACCACCCCAACCCAGUGACGACUACCAGGAGCUGAGGCCUGCUGUCUACCAGAGUCUGCAGAGACAAUGAAUUGUGGACCCAAUGUACUAAUUACUCCAUUUCAUAUAUUAUGAAGUUUAUUGAAAAUUCCUGCCCGAAGGCUAAUUGCAAAAAACACGGACAAAGAAACACUGAAACAAAAUAACUACAAAGUCUACAUAAUAAAUGGUAAUUGUUUGAAACUAAAGUUAUGUCUAAAACUAUGCCUGAAGAGCUUUACUUCUCUUUUGUAAACCACGGAAAACAUGAUACCUGCAGUGUUGGAUUGAUUGAUUGAUUGAUUAAUUGAUUAAUUAAUUGAUUAAUCAACCAAUUGAUUUGUUGAUCAAGUGGUUUCAUGAUUGAUUGAUAUAAUUUGUUUGCUAAUAACUUUUAUCAUGGGAGAAUGCCUUGUUCAUAAAUUUUUAUCAAUUGGUUACAUUUUUAUCUACAUAUUGAUGGAUUUUAGUGUACGUUUUUCAAUUGUACCAGGAUAUGCGUAUACAAAUGUAUAAGUUGGUAAUGGCGUCCUCUUCAGUGGCUUAGAGGCAGCAGUUCUAGCUGUGUAGUUGGUUUGCACAUGUACAUAAAGGUUACUUAUAGUUAACCUAAUAUUUUUGCACACAUGGAUUUGUUGAU